GACCAAAAGACGGAUCGGUCCUAAAAAGCCUCAUCCAGCAAGAUCGCUGUCUACAUGAACAAGACCAGUAUUACGUUGGAUUUGGUGUUUAAAUGAGAAUGACCGGAACCCCUCUGAACUGUAAUUGACUUGGCAGUUGUCCCCAAUCCUCUUUCCAACAAGUGGAAGACCAGUCAAUGAAUUAUGAAUGUUAAACAAGAUGACCUCUCAGCAGCAGCAGAUGAUGCGAGGUCCUAGGUGGAACCGGGCCUUGUCUGACCCUUUGCUUGUGCUGCUCCUGGCCCUACAGCUUUUGGUGGUUGCGGGUCUGAUUCGUGCUCAGACAUGCCCUUCCGUCUGCUCCUGUAGUAAUCAGUUCAGCAAAGUCAUCUGCACACGGAGGGGCCUAAGAGAGGUCCCUGAUGGCAUUUCUACCAAUACACGCUACCUGAAUCUCCAAGAAAACCUCAUCCAGGUCAUUAAAGUGGACAGCUUCAAGCACCUAAGGCAUUUGGAGAUCCUGCAGCUGAGUAAAAACCACAUACGCAAAAUUGAGCUUGGGGCCUUCAACGGACUUGCAAGCCUUAAUACCCUGGAGCUUUUUGAUAACCGUCUCACCACGAUCCCAAAUGGGGCAUUUGAGUACUUGUCCAAACUAAAGGAGCUAUGGCUGAGGAAUAAUCCAAUAGAGAGCAUUCCUGCCUAUGCUUUCAACAGGGUGCCCUCAUUACGACGGCUGGACCUUGGGGAGCUUAAAAGGCUAUCCUACAUAUCUGAGGGGGCCUUUGAAGGGCUGAGCAAUCUUCGCUACUUAAAUCUGGGAAUGUGCAAUCUGAAGGAAAUUCCCAACCUUAUUCCCCUGGUGAAGCUGGAUGAACUGGAGAUGUCAGGGAACCAGCUGUCUGUCGUCCGGCCCGGCUCUUUUAAGGGGCUCAUCCAUCUCCAGAAACUAUGGAUGAUGCAUGCCCAGAUCCAGACUAUUGAGAGAAACUCAUUUGAUGAUCUCCAGUCACUGGUGGAGCUUAAUUUAGCCCACAAUAACCUUACGCUCUUGCCCCAUGAUCUUUUCACUCCUUUGCAUCAUCUGGAGAGGGUGCAUUUGCACCACAACCCUUGGAAUUGUAACUGUGACAUCCUCUGGCUGAGUUGGUGGCUCAAGGAGAUGGUACCAGCAAACACCAGCUGCUGUGCCCGCUGCAGCUCACCAGCUCACCACAAAGGCCGCUACAUUGGUGAGCUUGACCAAAACUACUUUCACUGUUAUGCUCCUGUUAUUGUGGAGCCGCCAGCUGACCUAAAUGUGACAGAGGGAAGUGCUGCAGAGUUGAAAUGUCGAGCCAGCUCUUUGACUUCUGUGAGCUGGAUUACACCCAAUGGUUCCAUCAUGACACACGGUGCGUACAAGAUCAGAAUCUCAGUGCUGAAUGAUGGCACCCUGAACUUCACCAAUGUUACCAUGCAAGACACUGGUACAUAUACAUGUAUGGUCAGUAAUUCAGCCGGUAACACAACAGCGUCUGCCACACUAAAUGUGUCCUCAACUGAGAACAGCAGCUUCAGCUACUUUACCACAGUGACUGUAGAGACGAUAGAAACACCACAUAAUGAAGGCGUCACCACGAUUGUGCAACAGAAGGUUGGCCCCACCCCUUCGGUUCAUAUAUGGAAGUCUGUUUCACCCAGUUCUACAACUACCACCACAGUGCAGACCCCUCUCUCUACUCAUGCCACGGAGAAGACAUACACAAUCUCUGUCACUGAAUUUGGUGAAGGCUCCCUAAAUGGCUUGGAUGAGGUCAUGAAGACAACCAAGAUCAUAAUCGGCUGUUUUGUCGCAAUCACACUCAUGGCAGCUGUCAUGCUGAUCAUCUUCUACAAGAUGCGGAAACAGCACCACCAGCAGAACCACCAUGCGCCCACACGCACUAUUGAGAUCAUCAAUGUGGACGAGGACUGUGUAACCGGAGGACCAGGCAUGGAGGGGCACCUGACUUUGCCUCCUCUUGAACAUGAGCACCUCAACCAUUAUAACACAUAUAAAAUAGCAUAUAACCACACCUCCACUAUCAACUCCAUACACAGCUCAGCGCAUGAACCUUUGUUAAUCCGGGCAAACUCAAAAGACAAUGUACAAGAGACCCAAAUCUGAACUUUUUUCUCUCAAAUAAUGGAAUUACAGCAAGACUUAAACAUGAAUGGCCCACCGUGGGUUUGGCAAAUCAGUGGUUGCUGAUUUCAUUUAUGGACUUUGAUAAUUAGGGUUAUGUCAGUUACAAAAAGUGUCUUUAAAAAAGUUAUUUAUUUAAGAACAGACUAUUGUUGUUAAAUGAAGGAAAAUAAUAUUCAGAAAUUUUUUUCAGCACCUAAUUCAAGUUUUUCCCCCUUCCUCUCGUUAUAUUGGUUGACUGACAUGCUUUUUAGACUAUGUUUGGAGACAAUAGUUCCAAAAGAAAUAAAAUAAGAAGACUGUUUAUAUUUGGUGAACUGUAAACUUUGUUUUCCCAAUGAAUCUAGAGCACAUGACAUUUUUCUCCAACUGUGGAGUAAGUGGUAAAGUAUUUUGUGACUAUUUGAGAACUGGAUGAAAUAAAUAUUUAAGUCCAUCUGAGAACUGGAUGAAAUAAAUAUAAAGUUACCUGUUAUUUCAAAGUGUUCAGCAGAAUUGUCAGCAAUUAUAUUUGUUCACACUGUCACAUAUGAGCAAUAUGUCCCAAAUUCUGUAAUUGAAAACGUUGAGGAUAACAUGUUUGAUGAUUAAGAAUUAUUUGUUACAUUUUCUCCGAACUUAUCAUAUGCAUAUAAUUUGCAUAAAUGCCAACUUGCUUUACUCAAUUUCCAAAAGUCCACUCUGAUCUCAAACUCAAGGCAACAUGGAAGAAAACUGUCAAGGAAGUGGACUGAAAGUUUCCAGCAUUUCAUCCUUUUCCAUAUUGAUGCCCAUAGUUUGCUCUCCAUAU